ACUAAAUUCAACAAAUACCCACUCAUCUCACAUUCCCACAGUCUGACAGAAUCAAUGAGACAUGUCUUCCGAUCAACCAAAAACAACUUCUCAAGAUGAAAUUCUAUCAUUCCCUUUCCCUACCAACGCAGAUCUUUCCCUCCCUGGUCCUUCUCAAUUCAAUACUACUCUCCCAUCAGACCCUUUCUCGAUGCACGGUCUACCUCCGACUAUCUCCGCUGAAUUCGAUUCUAAUCCUAUCGAUAUGGAUUCCCCUUCCAUGUCUUUUUUGAACAACAUGAACUUUGGUGAUAAUCCUGAUCAAGGUUCUGGUACUGGUUUCAAUAUGAAUCAAUACGAAAUGCCAUCUCCGAAUUCGUUCUUUCCUUUUGGAUUUUCUGGUGGACAAAGUGGUACUGGGAAUCACCUUCAAGUCGGACAGGGUGGAGUUGGGAAUAAUUUUCAAGUUGGACAAAGUGGAAUUCCCAACUCUUUUGGACAAAAUCAAAACGGAUAUCCUUAUGGUCAAAACAACACUGGAAUCCCUUUCGGAGAUGGAACUGGUUUCAUACCUCAAACGGGAAGGACACCAGGGGAUACAUAUGGAUAUGGUCAAAAUCUCAACUGGGAUACACCUGGAAAUCCCAUAGGAAGGGGUGUUGACGUUGGUGCAGGAUUUACAUCUGGGACAGGUGGUAUAAACGAAGGAGGAGGAGGAAGUACAGGUUUUACACCUGAAUUAAUCAAAUUACUUCAAAAUCCUACAUCUUAUCGGAAUUUAUCAUCAUCACCUGAUUU